AUUUUAAUGUCAACAUAUCCCAUCAGCAUGGAGGGCUCAUCAAUGGAAGGAAAAGACAUAAAAGUACAUGGCAAUAUGGAAGCAGGUUUAGUUUUUUUCCAGAUCGCCAUAACGAAGGUUUCAACCCAAAAAAAAAAAGAAACGUAAAAUUAUUUAAAAAUUUAGCAAAUUGCAAUAGUAAAGUGUUAAACCUACAAAAAAAAGUUAUAAAUAAAAAUAAUUAAAAAACAAUGAAUCUAAUAAAAUGCUGUCUUGGUGUGUUACUUGUGUUGUUGGGCUGCCUUUCCGUGUCCUGUGGCAAAUUAAAACUGGUGGCCUUUAAGGGACCCCAUGGCGGAUUUUUGGGAGUGAAAUACCGCAAACCUAAGCUGUUGGGUUUCAAACAUCACGGCUUUGGCGGUGGUUUUGGUCAUGGCUUGGGACAUGGCUUCGGCCAUGGAUUUGGUCAUGGACUUGGCGGUUUCGGCGGUGGUUAUCACACAUCGUUCCAUAGCUCUGGUGGAUUUGGCGGUUGGCUGGGAAGAUGAAUUGACUCCGAAUUUAAUUUUAUUGUUUAUUUAAUUAUUUUGUCUUCGUUGAUUUUAGUUAUAUUUAUUUGAAAGUACAAUAUUUUAUAGUUUUAGUGUUCAUAUUUUCAUUAAAUGCAGAGAACAGUCGA